UCUGCCAAAUCAGCUGCUUCCAGGUGAUCCACCUGCCUAAACCUGCAAAGGGGCACUAUUCCGCAAUACCAUUUGUGAAAACUUCCUAAAAUCUCUAUUAUUUUAAGAUAUAGGCAAAUAGUUAAACGUUUUAUCCAGUUCAAAAAUUUGCUUGACAUGUUAAUAUAAAUUGUUUAAGUAUGCUAAAAGAGUAUUUCUUGAAACAUCACUUAUCUGAACUUAAAGAAAUCUUGGACGCGGAAAACGAAGACGUAUAUUAUUCGAUAUAUGUCAAUUUUGUUUCGUUGCACCAUGAUGAUGCAGAUGCAGCCGAUAAAAUAUGUCAACAUCCUAGACAUUACUUACCGUUGUGCGAUGAAGGUGCUAUCAAAGCCCAAGAAGAACUGGUUGCUAAAGGACAAAGCAUAAAAAAAUUGGUGCGAACACGAAUAAUAGCCAUUCCAGUGGGAAUUACUGGCUAUCGAAUCGGAGCUUUAGUCUGUGCAAGAGGAACUGUGGUACGGACGUCUCAACCAACAGUUUUGAAAUUAAUCAAAAGGUUCAACUGUCGGAAGUGUAAACAUGUUACCUUAGCCAAACUCGAGUGGGAAAGAAAGAUUUUCCCUGAUGUUAUGGAAUGUGAAGCCUGUCACUCGCAUAGUGUCUCGGCAUUGGACACAUUUCUAAACGAAGACUGCACAGACUAUCAAGAUAUCCGACUUCAGCAAAAGCGAAAGACUGAUGGAAGCUCUCUUUACACGGAACAUUUACGGAUUACUCUGAUUGACGAUUUAGUGGACAAAUGCAGACCAGGAGAUGAAAUAGACAUAAACGGUGUACUCAUUAAUCGAUAUCCAACGCUAAUAGUUGGUCAACGCAUAGAAACAACACCUUUUUUGUUGGCGAAUAGUGUUACAAUUCAUCGAAAAGUAUUAGAUACGAAAUUUUCAACUCAGGAAACUCAGGAUAUUUUUGAAAAAUAUUGGGCAAAUUUUAAAGACCACCCUUUAGUCGGAAGAGAUAAAAUCCUUGCUUCGAUUUGUCCACAACUGUUUGGGCUCUACACAGUGAAGUUAGCAUUAGCUGUCGUUCUUGCUGGUGGAGUGUCAAAGACUAAUGCUUCGGGAAUGCGUGUCAGAGGUGAACCCCAUCUUCUUUUUAUUGGAGAUCCAGGAACUGGCAAAUCCCAAAUGCUCCGGACUGCUUCUCGAUUGGCUACGAGAUCAGUAUUAACUACUGGUAUCGGCAGCACAGCUGCUGGACUAACGGCUGCUGCUAUUAAAGAUGGAGAUGGCUGGCAUUUAGAAGGCGGAGCCUUAGUAUUGGCUGACGGAGGAGUUUGUUGCGUAGAUGAGUUCAACACAAUGAGCUCUCAUGAUCGAGCUUCUGUACACGAAGCUAUGGAACAACAAACAAUAUCAAUAGCAAAAGCUGGACUAGUGAGCAAAUUAAAUUCAAGGUGCACCGUUAUAGCUGCUAUGAAUCCUAUAGGGGGUUACAUGGAAGAAGGAGCGGAAUUGAAAACUCGGUUGGGAAUUCCUCUGCUCUCGCGUUUUGACUUGAUACUAAUUUUACGCGACAAUAAAAAUCCAGAAUGGGACCUCUUAACAACCAGACAUAUUUUAAAAGCUGCCUGCGAGCCUGAAGAGAAAAUAAAUAAAAAGACAGCGAAAUCACACAUGGAUCUUUUAAAGUCCGAAGGUUUAUGGAAAGAGGACAGUUUACGAGAAUACUUGGCAUAUGUACACAUGUUGAAACCAAGUCUGACCCUUGAAGCCGAGGAAAUUCUAAGAGCCUCGUAUCUACGCCAAAGAUCUCAUCCGGAUAGAAAGCAGGAGAGAACAACGGUGCGUCUCUUGGACAGUCUUAUCAGGUUAGCCGAGGGACACGCUAGACUAAUGUAUCGCUCUCAAGUUCGAGCGAUGGAUGCCAUUGUGGCUGCUCAGUUGAUAGAACCUACAAUGAUCAAAGAGGACGUCAGUUGCCUUUUCCCUGUUGAUCCUACGGCUGUGUACCGAGCCGAAGGUGAAGAGUUACUCCACAACCUGCGAUUGGAUCAUUUAAUAAAAUUAUUAUAGUGUAAACUUUAAUGUAUAGUAUUAUUUACAAGGUAAAUGCAAUUGAAAGCACGUUAUAUUAACAG